AUGCAACUAUGGAAAUGUAUAAGAAGAAACCCCAUUGCCCACACUCGUAAGGGUUUGGAACAACCAGAAUCAACCACAGUCCAACAGAUCAUACCCAACCGACUGAAUUUCAAUAUCCCCAAUCACAAAAAAUCUCAUCUGCACGCCGGCAACAUGAGCACCUUCAAGAACGUCGCCCUCCUUGGUAAGGGAUAUCUUGGGUCUGCUAUCCUCAAGGAACUUGUUGAAGGCGGCUUCAACGUCACUGUUCUUGGUCGCUCCGAGUCGACCAAGGACGGGCUCCCCGACGGCGUCGGAUUCAAAGUCGUCGACUUUGCCUCAAUCGAUAGCCUCACCCCGGCUCUCCAAGGCCAGGACGCGGUCGUGUCCACCGUGAGCAAGGCCGGCCUGCUCACCCAGCCUGUCGCCAUCGACGCAUGCAUCAAGGCCGGCGUCAAGCGUUACAUUCCCUCCGACUGGGGCUCCUUCACGACCGACCCCAAGGCGCACAGCGACCUGGCCACCGUUCUCGGCCCCAUGUUCAACACCCAGAAGUAUGUCAUUGAGAAGGCCCGCGCUGGCGAGAUUGAGUACACCAUUUUCUCCGUCGGCGGCUUUAUCGACCUCUUUACCCGAAUCCCCGUCGCCUUCGAUUUCGCCAACAAGAGCAUCAUCAUGUACGACGACGGCGUCCAUCCCUUCAGCAUCACGAGCAUCGCCAGCAUCGGCAAGGCCGUCGUAGGCGCCCUCAAGAACCCUGACGCCACCAAGAACCGCAAUCUCAAGAUUCACGAGCUCCUUGUAUCCCAGGCGCAGUUGCUAGCGCUGGCGAAGAAGCUAUCACCCCCGGGAACGCAGUGGAAGGAGACUAAGCUGGACGGUAAGACCGAGUGGGAAAAUGCUCUAAAGGCUGUGUUGGAGGACCCGUACAACGAGACAAAGAUUCUCGAGGUCAUCAAGACCAGCCUGUUCAGCGGACGCUACGAAUCUGCGUACGGCAAGGUCGACAACGAGCUGGUGGGUGUCCCGCUCCUUACUGAGAAGGAUCUGGAGGAGAAAAUGGCGGCUGCCUUCAGUUCUUAG